GUUUGGCGCAUGCGCAGUCCCAUCCACUAACCACGUCCAGUUACUGCAGCUGUCAUCUCUUCUCUCGCCCUCUCCGGUUGACUCUCGCCGCAGACAGCAUGGGUGUAAUCACAGGACUCUGUACUUUCUUGUACCAUUUACCUCAGAUAUACAAAUGGCUGCUGAAACCGUAUUAUAUCACCUCGUUCCUCAUGACCGUCGCCUUCCUUGUUGUCCGAAAGGCACCCGGUGUGUGCGAGCACCUGACGACCCAACGGGAGGACGGCAACUCCUGCGACUUUGACUGGAGAGAAGUGGAGAUUCUCAUGUUUCUCAGUGCAAUAGUGAUGAUGAAGAACAGAAGAGCCAUCACGCUGGAGCAGCACAUAGGAAACCUGUUCCUGUUCAGUAAAGUUGCCAACGUCAUCCUCUUCUUCAGGCUGGACAUUCGGCUCGGCAUCCUCUACCUCGCUCUGUGUGUCGCAUUCGUCAUGACCUGUAAGCCUCCAGUCUACAUGGGCCCAGAGUACAUCAAGUACUUCAGCGACCAGACCAUAGAUGAGGAGCUGCAAAAGGACAGUCGCAUCACCUGGAUUGUCGAAUUCUACGCCAACUGGUCCUCUGACUGCCAGUCCUUCGCUCCGGUCUUCGCCGACCUUUCGCUCAAGUAUAACUGUGCUGGACUCAGGUUUGGGAAGGUGGACAUUGGACGCUAUGGAGACGUUUCUGAGAGGUACAAAGUCAGCACUUCCCCUCUGGCUAAGCAGCUGCCCUCACUGGUGCUAUUCCAAGGAGGACGGGAAAUCAUGAGACGUCCAAUGGUGGACAAUAAAGGCAGAGCUGUGUCUUGGACCUUUAAUGAGGAGAACAUUAUCCGAGAGUUCAACCUCAACGAGCUCUUCCAGAAAUCCAAGAAGCUGAGCAAGAGUCGUGGUUUGAAGGGAGAGCAGCAGAACGGCUCUAAGCCAGAAGAGGGCAGCGACGAGCUUCAUCCUGAAACCGACAACGAAGAGCAGCCCACAGAGAGCAAGAAAGACAAGUAAAGCGUGAGAGGACAGUUCAGAGAGGGGCUGCGUCGAGUCUUUCCUCUUCUUACAACAUCGACAUGCCUUACAUUAUUGCAAAAUCCAUAAUAUUGUGGAAUGCAGAGAGAAUGCAGUAGAUGUCAACUCCAAGCUAAGAAUUUACUGUGGCAAAUAUCUACCCUAAAAGAAAAACUGGGCCUCAGUUGACUGAUGUAGGGUGGUUUAAACGGAGCCACUCAAAGGAUCAAGCAAUGACCUGGACACAUUUCAUUAAGUUAUUCAAGAACAAAUGCCUUUUUUUUGUAUUGAUUGUUUUUUUUGGCUACCUUCAUCACUUGUGUGUAAACGUUUGCUGCCUGUAUUUUGCAACUGAUGUGUUUACGGUUCUCUCAUAUUUCAAAAACCAAAGCAAAAAGGGAGAGGUGAAACUGAAAUUAAAAAAAAAAACAAUUGUGCACAAUUAAGAGUCAUGACACAUUCAAUUUUUUCAUCAGUUUGACCUUUUAUUCUGAGAAGACAUCUUUUUAAAAAUUCUUUAUAAGGCCAUUUUGGAAAUGUCUUUAAUGUACUCGUUACAGAUAUUUGUGAAACUCGUUCCAUUCAUCACAGCCCACAAUAGCGAUAUUUAUUCUCACAUAGAAGUAUACUCACAUAGUUUCAAAUUGUUCAAUGGCCACCAUCCUUGGCCAGAGCAGGAAGAAAGUAACACAGGUUGUCUUUUAUCUCUCGUUCAACGGCUACUUGUGCCAUUUAAUGAUGCUUCUUUUUAUUGUUACCACCCACACAUGAACCAGGCGAGCAUUUGACAAUAUUCUCACAAGUAUGCACGCCAGUGAAGCAUUCAGCACGACAAACAAAAACCACAUGCACACCGAAGGCAUAGCCUGGGAGGGUUUAAAACUCGUAACACCGUCGUUUGGGUUGAACAAUGAUACUCGUGUGCUUCAAGCGUGUACUCCCCCCCCCC